CUGUCUUCUGCCUUCAUUCGAUCGUCUUUGGAUCUCUCUCUAAUUCCAUAAAUUGGUCCUAUUGUCUCGCUCUAAAGAGCUUAGAGGAUUCCUGGGAACAUCCAGAAGCUUCCUUUUUUCAUUUUGAUUUCUUUUUUUAUGGAGGUAGGUUUCAAAUUGUCUUUGUUGGCCUCAAUAUUUUCAUGUCUUCAUGGUUCUGCUGUUCUGAAAUUCUGAUAUCUUGAUAGGGUAGAACCCUCGAUGUUGCUCUCCGUCACCGUGGAACCCCUUGAGUUUGAUGUUCUUCAGUUUGAAUUUUGUUUGAAAAUUGUCUGAUUAGGGUUUUAUUGUUACCUGAAAUUAACCAUACCCAUUCUUUAUCUCAGUGGUUGAAGCAGUCUGUUAUGCUGUUUCCUCCAGAUCAUUUAUGUAUUUGGAGCUUGUGCACCGUAUUUCUUUCAAGGAGAUAAAUGAUAGGAAAAGGAGUGUCAGGAGAGCGCUUUCAGCCCCGGACGUGUUCUGGGAAGAGUGCACCCAAAACUGGUCGGGCAAAAGAGUAUUCAGAAAAUGUUGUUAUUGACAUAGAUGGUGAUCAAGUUGAUGACGUGGUAAUUAUAGAUUUUCCUGAUUAUGUGCAACAAAAGUUGCAUGGCUCUAGUGUGCAGAGUAGAGACAGAAAGUGUCCGCUUCAGAGUGUCAUCAGCAUUGAUGAUGAUGAUGAGAGCGAUGAAGGAGACCAGACUGAAAUUAUUGCUGAAGGUGGUGGGGAAUUGGAUAGUGAUGCCUCCUCAAGCAAAAGAUGUUCUGCUCCAGGAUUUACGGGAAAUUCUGUACACCUAGAUAUUGAUGAUUGUCCUGAUAUCUUUGAAAAAGGUUCUUCAUCUAAAUUGCCAGAAAGUAGGAAAUCAAGCUCCACACAAGCUGCUGACAGAAAUCGUUAUGGUUUGGAUUCCUCUGAAAGUGAGUCAUCCGAGAGUGAUUGUUCUGACUGUGAACUUAUGGAAGUUUGUGAACAGUGGGAAAAAGCUUUUAAACGAAGACGCCAUACCUUUAAUGAUCAUGCUCGUUUUGAUGAGCAGGCCAGUUCUUCUGGUUUGCAUAGGAAUUCUAAUGCUGAUAUUGAAAUAGAAAAUAGGACACGACAGGAUGCUGGAACUUCCUUAUAUUCUGGUUCCAGCAAUGGUAAAUGUGCAGUGAACCUAGCCCACAUGGGUAACAAUAAAAUAGAUGAUGUUGAUCUCAAUAGGGAGAAAGAAUAUCCUUGUAAGGACUCUGGUCAGAAAAUUGACCAAGAGAGUUAUAAAUUUUGUACAUUUGGGUCCACAGAGAAAUCGCAAUCUUUACACCAGAAUUCUCAUUCUCAGUGUGAAGAAAUGACUAGGAGUGAAGAAUUCCGCCCUUGUGCCAAGUCUAAAAGUUAUGAUGUUGCUAGUGAGUUCAAUAAAGAAGCAGGUGAUAAAGAUUCUAAAUUUAUGCGUUCCACCCGUGAAGAAAACAAAAGACAAAUUGAGAGUGAUGGAUCUGGGUUAAGGAACAGGGAUUUUCCUGACACACAUAAUAGCUGUGCCUCUUUUGAUGAAAUACAACCUAAGCAGGAUGGGUUUGCUUCUCAAGAAUGUUGUGUGAGGGAUAUAAUUAAUGAAAGAGAAAAACUUAAGGAAACUGAUGAAUAUAAGCAAGCCAUUGAAGAGGAAUGGGCAUCCAGACAACGGCAAUUGCAAAUUCAGGCAGAGGAGGCACAAAGGUUGCGUAAAAGAAAAAAGGCUGAAAGUAAGCGCUUAUUGGAUAUGCAGAGAAGGCAAAAGGAACGGAUUGAAGAAGUCAGAGAGACACAGAAGAAGGAUGAGGAAAAUAUGAACAUUAAAGAGCAGCUGCGGAAUGAAAUAAGGAAAGAGCUUAAUAAAUUGGAGAUAACAUGCGUGAACAUGGCUUCAUUGCUUCGUGGCUUAGGAAUACAAGUGGGAGGAGGCUUUAGCCCCUUGCCAAAAGAGGUGCAUGCAGCUUAUAAACAGGCCUUGCUGAGGUUCCACCCAGAUCGGGCGUCAAAAACCGACAUUCGACAGCAGGUGGAGGCUGAGGAGAAGUUCAAGCUCAUCUCUCGCAUGAAGGAGAAAUUUUUGAUACCUUCAUGUUUCUGACUGCCAGCAACUUAUAGAAUAUGGUUGUUGGCGUUUUAGUUGAGGUGCCUUUACUUCCACAGAUUUUUUUUUUUUUCCUUUCUCGGGUAUUUCAUUUGUUAGUUCCUGUUGUCCUCGUCUAAAAUUUCAUAGGAAAUUAUGGAAACAGACAAAACUAUGUAAAGCUGUCAUCUGUUGGGUUAUAGAAUGCCAUUUUUUGGAGGAUGCGUAACCAAGGGCAUCAUCCUAUU